UGCAUAAUAUAUUGAUUCAUAGCUUUGAUCACUGAGUUUUAGAAUUUGGCUCCUGGGUUUCUUGAGUUAGAAUAUGGUAGCUGCUUGCAUGUUUAAGAUAUGUUUAAUUAUGACUCAACUUCUUGAAUAGCCAUUUCUUGAGAUUUUAUUUUUCUUUAGUUUAUUUUAUCUUUCAACUGUUGGUAGACAGAUGUUGCAAUCUUCUGCUUCUGAUAGAUCAGUAUGAGAGGAGCAAUGGGUACUUCUCCUGGUGCUGCUGAGGCUAGACAUCGUUUAUCUUCAUCCAUCGAAGACGUAUGCAAAAAAAGAUUACAAAAAAACAAAGCCAAGCCUUUCCACAUAUCCAUUCAAGAUAGAAGUUCAAGGUGCAAGUUUCCUCUGCUGAAACUUGUCCUCCUAAUUGUCGUAUCUGGCACUUUUAUAUCCCUCUUGUACUCUCCAGAGGUUUACAACACCAAUCAGCCUGCUCAAUUUGGUUCUAGGUCAAGCUUUGUGAACAGGUGGAUAUGGGGGGGCUCAGAUCCUCGUUAUACGUCAAAUCUGGGCAUUGAAUGGGAUGACAUUAUGAAAGUUAUGGAGAAGGUGACUGAAAAUAAUGAAACUCAGGGAAUUGGUCUUUUAAACUUCCUUGAGAGUGAAAUCAGUCAGUGGAAGCAGCUUGUUCCUGAUGCCAAACACAGUGUUCUGCACCUGGACUAUGCUGCAAAAAAUGUGACAUGGAAAUCCUUAUACCCAGAAUGGAUUGAUGAGGAAGAAGAAUCUGAAGUACCCAUUUGUGCAUCUCUACCAAAGCUCAAAGCCCCUGGAACAAGAUUUGAUUUCAUAGCUGUCAAACUUCCUUGUCGGAAUGAAGGGAAUUGGUCCAGAGAUGUGGGAAGGCUGCACUUGCAGCUUGCAGCUGCUGGCCUGGCAGCCUCUGUCAAAGGCUUGCAUCCUGUGCAUUUGCUUUUUAUCACUGACUGCUUCCCAAUACCAAAUCUGUUUACUUGCAAGGAACUUGUUGUACGUGAAGGGAAUGCAUGGCUAUACAAACCAGACUUGAAUGCACUGAGACAAAAACUCCAGCUCCCAGUAGGAUCUUGUGAACUUGCUCUUCCUCUCAGGGGCAAUGAGCUGGUUUACUCGGGAAAUAUUCGUAGAGAAGCUUAUGCAACGAUUCUCCAUUCAGCUCAUGUAUAUGUUUGUGGAGCCAUUGCUGCUGCACAGAGCAUCCGCAUGUCAGGCUCCACUCGAGACCUUGUCAUACUUGUUGAUGAGACAAUCAGUGGAUACCACAGGAGUGGACUCGAAGCCGCAGGGUGGAAGAUUAAGACAAUCCAAAGAAUAAGGAAUCCAAAAGCUGAGAAAGACGCCUACAAUGAAUGGAAUUACAGCAAGUUCCGGCUAUGGCAGUUGACAGAUUAUGACAAGAUCAUUUUCAUCGACGCUGAUUUGCUUAUACUCAGAAACAUCGAUUUCUUAUUUGGGAUGCCAGAGAUUUCUGCAACGGGGAACAAUGGCACACUUUUUAACUCUGGUGUAAUGAUUAUUGAGCCUUCAAACUGCACUUUCAAGCUUUUGAUGGAUCACAUCAAUGAGAUAGAGUCCUACAAUGGGGGAGACCAAGGAUACUUAAACGAGAUCUUUACAUGGUGGCAUAGGAUUCCAAAACACAUGAACUUCCUGAAAAAUUUCUGGGUUGGUGAUGAUGAAGAGGUUAAGCAAAUGAAAACCAGGCUUUUUGGUGCAGACCCUCCAGUUCUCUAUGUUCUUCACUAUCUGGGGAUGAAGCCAUGGCUGUGUUUCCGUGACUAUGACUGCAACUGGAAUUCUGACAUCUUCCAAGAGUUUGCAAGCGAUGUUGCUCAUGCGAAAUGGUGGAGGGUGCAUGAUGCAAUGCCUGAGCUGCUGCAGCAGUUUUGUCUGCUGAAAUCAAAGCAGAAGGCUCAGCUAGAAUGGGAUCGCAGGCAAGCUGAGAAGGCAAAGUACACAGAUGGGCAUUGGAGGAUUAAAGUGAAGGAUCACCGUUUGAAGAAAUGCAUAGACAGUUACUGCUCCUGGAAGAGCAUGUUAAAGCACUGGGGAGAGACAAAUUGGACAGAGGAUGAAGCUUUUACUCCAACUCCACCUGCACUUCCCACUGCUUCUCUCUCUGGCUUCUGUUGUCUUGGACCUCAUAUGAAUGUAGAGAAAUAACGUUGUCCAUGGAGAACCCCCUCCUAAUGUGAUCUAGCUGGUGCACCAAUUGACAAGGUUCCACAGUGAUGAUCUAUUAGCUUGGAAAUCAAUCCCUGGGAAGAGAUCAUUAAACAAGAAGUAGUCGCCUCCUCCAAAUAAUUUCCUAGAGAUUAAUUUUGAUUUGGCGACCCAUGAGACAUUCGCUAUGGGAUUCAUCUCAUAACCUCCUAUAUGCUUAGACAGAAAAGUUCCCCCAGGAGACCCCCCUAUGGGAGAGGCCAAAGUGCCUUACUCGCAAUCACAGAGGCGACCGAGAAAGGCCUCGUGAAAGUUUUGUUUGGAAAAAAGCUACGCUUUCCAAAAUUUUUGACACAUCAUUUGAGAAACAAAUUUUGGAGAAACGUUUUGGAAAGUAUGCAUAACCUUACCAAAUGGGCUGCUCCCAUCGACGUCAGUGGAGAAGCAUUCCCAUUUCCUCUAUGCCCCGUUGUCAUUGUCCCUA